UAGGGUUUUCUUUUACACGCACGCAGCAGUCUUUCGCCUUUAAAUCCUUUAACCCUAGAGAUUAACCCUUUGCAACAAACAUGGCGGAGAGAGGCGCAGGAGACCGUGGAGGCUUCGGUCGUGGUUUUGGAGGCCGUGGACGUGGUGGCGAUAGGGGAGGUCGCAGAGGAGGUGGCCGCCGAGGCCGCCGUGACGCUGAGGAGAAGGACUGGGUGCCAGUGACAAAGCUCGGCCGUCUUGUGAGAGACGGAAAGAUCAAAUCCAUAGAGCAAAUCUACCUACACUCUCUUCCAAUCAAGGAGUAUCAAAUCAUCGACAUCCUGAUCGGUCCUAGUCUGAAAGACGAGGUAAUGAAAAUCAUGCCGGUGCAGAAACAGACCCGGGCAGGUCAGAGAACAAGGUUCAAGGCUUUCGUGGUUGUCGGCGAUGGCAACGGGCACGUAGGACUCGGUGUCAAGUGCUCGAAGGAGGUGGCCACUGCCAUUCGUGGCUCUAUUAUUUUGGCCAAGCUCUCGAUCAUUCCCGUCAGGAGAGGGUACUGGGGGAACAAGAUUGGCAAGCCACACACAGUCCCCUGUAAGGUCACCGGAAAGUGUGGUUCUGUCACUGUGCGGAUGGUUCCUGCUCCCCGUGGUGCCGGGAUUGUUGCUGCCCGGGUUCCAAAGAAGGUGCUCCAGUUUGCUGGUAUUGAGGAUGUCUUUACCUCUUCUCGUGGAUCCACCAAAACCCUUGGGAACUUUGUCAAGGCGACCUUUGAUUGUCUCUUGAAGACUUAUGGUUUCCUUACCCCUGACCUUUGGAGGGAGACUCGCUUUGCAAAAUCGCCUUACCAAGAGUACACUGAUCUUUUGGCAAGGCCAACUGCUAAGGUUGUCCAUGUGGUGGAGGAUGCUGAUGCUGCCUGAGCAAUGUGGACUAUGUUGUUAUGGUAGGAUUUUCCAUUAUCAAAUACCAGUUUAAAUUUUCAUCAAUGUUUAAGAGUCUUUUUAAGUCUACUAUUUUAUUGUGGAACUGUUUGUUUAUCUAAAUUGGGGAGGAUGCUUGAUUAAGUUUUGCUUUUAUUGUAGUGAAUUGUUUACUUUUUUUGGCA